CCCGCUCGCUUUCUGUCAUUUUCUCCCUGCGUACCAUCUUCGUGCUCUUCGCUUCUGCCUUUGUCGCGCGUCAGAACGCUGCUCCUUUCGUUUCACUUUUUACUCUCAACCGCCACCACCAGCAACACGCAAUCAGAACCUUACUCUUGACUUGAACAUAAUUUUUGCGAUUUUUUAACUUGGCUUUUAUACCUAUUUUGUCUACACAAGUCCAAGUCCGACAUCUACUGCUGCUGUUGUCGUCAAUUUGACGCUAACAGGAGAAACCGUAACGAACCGAUACGCACGACAGGACAGAGCCAAGCACACGACCGGGCGGUAAUUACAAUACAUGGCUCAACCUGUUUUCGACGAGCAUCCGCUAGAACAGUAUCUGAAGCAAACGGGAGAGGGCGUCGAGUUGAUGCCCGGGACUAUGUCCGACUUGCCUUUUCCACAAUCGGAGGACGAGGAGGACGAGGAUGAGAAUGGAGUCGAAGUAAAAGGGGAGGGCGUAGAGGGGGACGAUAGGUUCUUUGGGUUGUUGCAUCUACUUCCGCCAGCCAUGAUCCAGUUCGUUGAGACCCUACUAUCCGCGUCAAAGCAUGCCCUCCCCAACCGCGAAUUCGCAGAACGCUUCAAAUACGUCGUCAUCUCCUCUUCCCUCCUCUCCCCCUCCCUCUCUACCCCCGCAACCGCCUCCCGCCGCUCAUGGCCACCCUCCCAAACACCGCCCGCCCUCCACCUCACCGGUCCAUCCUACCCAUCCACCCUAUCACGCCGAGCCCAAGCCCAAGCACACUCAAGAUCUGCUUCCGACUCCUCAUAUUCACAUAUACCCGGUGGUGCUGGCUUUGGCGGAGGCUCGAGCUUGCCGAUAACGAAUUGGAGUGUGGUGUUGGCGGCGGUGGCGGUUAUGGCGUUGCUUUGUGGAUCGUUGCUUUUUGUGGUGUUGUUUGGGACGGCGGCGUAUGUUAUGAGAGGACAGACGGUGCAAGGGCAUGGAGUCGGUACUCCGGCGAGCAAGCCUGAUGUCGUUGAACCUACAUUCACCGCUCUCAACGAACUCAUCAAUGCGAGCGAUCUAUGGGACUCGGCUGUCCAGGAGGCAAUCACUAUACUUGAGAAAGAUGAGCGGGGGCCGUCUUCUCCCUCAACGUCCACUUCUCUCCGCGUUGCGCUGCACACAACGCUGCACAUGACCGAAUCCCAAUCUGAAAACGUCCGCCAACUCCUAUCCGCGCUCGCCUCCCACACCGAACUCGCCCAACUGUCAGAGAUGUACGCCCCUCCAUCCCCCGUCCGCGCUUCUUUCAACACACUCGAUUCCCUCUCCCCCUCCGGACCUUCGUUCGACUCAGCCUCGGACAAUGAAAAGAAGAGACGGUCAUGGAGAGGCGGAGAGACGGGGCAGAUCGCUGGUAAUGGAUGGGUCACGAGCACAAGACCGAUGACGCUGCCGAUGACACGGAAACGGACGAGGACGCUCUCUGCGCCAGAAGGAAGUAACUUAGCGACGAAAGCAAAUAGGGCUUCGUGGGCUGCGGGGAGUAGUAGUUAUACGGCGCUGGCGGAGGCGGGGAGUCCGUCGAAGCAGGUGUUGAAGAGGAGGGAGAAGAGGAGGUCGGAUUUGAGCGCCCUUCUGGAUAGUUCUUCGUUCUCUGCGUCAUCAUCGAGUUUGGCUGUGGGUGCGGGUCUGGGUUUGGGUUUGGGGAGCACGUCGGCCCCGGCUUCGCCCUUGCCUGAUGUCGAGGAGCUGGAAGAGGGGAACGAGACUUCGUCAUCAUCAGCAUCGGAGAAGGCACCACCAUCUGGUUCGGGCUCGACUCUGGGUCCGCCGAGGUUGACACCGAUAAUGGGUGGAGGGAAGUCCUUGCCUGUCACGCCUGAUGAGAGGGAUGGAGAUGUUGUGGCCGGUGCGUUUGGAGCUGCGGCGUUGGAGAUGAAGAGAAAUAGACGGAGCGGAGGAUUGGACAUGGUCAAACGGGCCAGAGAUUCCGGAUCGUCUCAAGGCUCUGGUUCAGGGUCCGGAACGUUUCCCUUUGGAUCGCCUACGAGUUCGCAGGAAUCGCCGGUGCAUAAACGUCACUCUAAAGCCUUUUAUGGACCUCAGUCUUCGCCACGAGCAUCAGAUAAACGACUUUCGAUGCUGACGUUCCCGUCGGCGCGUGCAAGUGGCCAGUCGCAUACAUCCUCCAUGACCUCGUCUUCCCGCUUCACCUCCCUCCAUCCAGCCAAUUCGUCCCGUAAUUCCGUACUGUCGCCCUCUUCGACGCAUUCUACGACGAUACAUCAAGCGCAACCUAGGCACCCGCUGUCGCUCUCUACCCUGCACAAUGCUCUCCAAUCCGCGCUCUCUUCCAAACGUUAUGCCGCGUCUCAUCUUCUCGCCCUGCGGUUUGUGGAAGAAGACGACUAUGAAGAUGUGUAUUGGGAGGAUGUGAGGAGCGUGAUGGGAUUAUUGACGAGCGCGUUAGCGGGUGCGGUCGUGGGACUAUGUCAAGUUCUGGACGAGGUAGAAGGCCAGAGACUUCGUGACCAGACGCCCAGUCCCGCUCUGGACGGACCAAUCCAACCAUUCCGACACAGUCGCAGUCACCUCGCAUCAUACUUCAGUGGCGAAGACGCCGACGACUCGGACAACGAGGCCCAACUCGCGAACGGGAACGGUUCGGCGUUCCAGGGUGGUCUAGCGGCGUCCGCUGCGGCAAAGUUCGCGCCCACUCCGUCUUCGUUGAACUCGAUCAACAGGGUCAUUUCGAGAAAGCGGACGAUGGAGGAGAUGAGGGAUUUCGCGCCGGUCCCGAGUCAUCUUGCGAGGUUUGCGGAACAUGUGGAUGCGAUCUCGGGGGCGUUGCACGAUGCGCAUAUGCAGCUCGAGCUUUGUGUGGGUGCGCUGAGCGAUGGAGAAGGCGAUGGAGAGGCUGAGGGUGUGUCUCCGACUGAGGGUACAGAUGCGCAGGGCCACGGUGGCGAGCAGCAGCAGCAGCAGCACGAAGCGCUGGAGGCUUAUGAGCGACUCCGUCGUGAGCUCGGACUUGCACUUCGGGAAUGUGAACGCGGUCGGGAACGACUCCUCGAGAUCGUCUCUCCUCGUCACCCUCAUUUAGGCUCUCAUUCCAAGUCUUCGUCGACCUCUGAGGAUGAAGUCCCUGCACUAGGACCCGACGCUGGUAGCGAAGACUUGGACUCCGACCGGCCACACUCCAUCGGAUUCCCGAAGAUGCCUGUCACCGGAGAUGGGGAUGCAGUCUUGGUGGAGGGCCACCAGCCUGAACUCGACCAUGGUCUAGGACUCAAGUUGGGCGGCGAGGACGAAGAUGGAGAGCUUUCUAUCCCGAUGCCGAUCGAACAGGUAUUCGAGGCGGAGAGUUCGGUGGGGAAAUUUACGAGGGAGAGGAGCAAGUUGAGUAGGGAGGAGAGGAUCAAGCUUGCGAAGGCGAGGAGGGAGAGCGGUGGGUCGGUGGCCGGCAUCAUGGGCUCUCUGGACUCAAAUGAUGCUUCGCUUGACGGAGAGGGUGAGGGAAGUGGCAGGAGGGAGAGAUGGGGUCCUGGAGGCGAGGUAGUGCAGGAGCUGAAAGAUGUGAUAUGGAAGGUGGGAGAGAAGAGGAGGAAGAUGGCUGAGGCUUCUAAUGGGACUCAGGCUCGUGAUGAAAGAAGGGAGAGGGGCGCCUCGAUGGACGCGGGGAAGCUAUUUAGGUCUGCUGCUCCAGGUGUAGGCAGCUCGGUCUCUGUUCCCAGUAGACCCGUGUCGGAAGCUUUCGUCGGUUCGCCUGGACAGGGUCUUGGGUUCUUCACGUCAUCAACAGCUGCAGAGUCGGACUCUGCUCUGCAACCAGAGUUGACUCUGCGGCUCAAUGGACUAAGUCUUGAGCCUGAUGUUCUCGAGGCGGACGAAGAUGAUGAGACCACAUCGUCCUCGUCAAUCACCAUCAACGGUCAUGGUGGCCCUCCCUCAAUUUCGAUACCCAUACUUGAGCAGGACGAAGGGGCGGAUGAGGGUGUUACCAUUGUUGUGGAUGAUGACGCAUCAUGACACUCAUGACCGGGGGCCACCUACUCGCUCGCGCGCCUUUCUCUCUUCCUCGUCACGUAUUCUCGUGAGUAUAUAGCCCCCAUCUCUUCAUUAUCUUCUCCAUUGUUUCUGUACCUGUCUUGUGCACCUCCUACUUGGACUCUGCUCUCGUCCCAUAUAUGUCUUGCUCUCCCGCUUUUGAUCGCUCACUCGGAACACCCACACACUACUAUCCCCUUUGCGCCGUACGGUUCAUUUCCCUUCCACCUAUGCCUCGCCCUAUCUCUCUGUCUCUCCGCAUGAUCUCUCACCACCACAUAGCACCACAUCGUCCCGCAAGUCUACAUAUCACACAAUCUACCUCUGAAUCUCAUAUUUGCAUACCACGUACUUACACCCAAACUCUGCAAACGCGGACUGUUUCUCCCCGAACUACCUUCACUAGCUCACCCUUGUGCCCAACCAAGUACUUAUUUCGUGCGACGUGGCGCACCGUCUUAUAUAUCUUAAUAUGCC